AUGAGGCAAUAUAGAAGCCAAAUUUUGUUCUAUAUUGUCUUUCUGGUGUCCUUCUGUUGCUGCGACUUUUCCGCUGCCAGAACAAUACAAGUUGUAGACAACACUUCCACGACACAGUCGACAACUGCUUCCACAUCUGCUCCAAGACUAUCACAAAGAUGGAGGCGGAAUCAAGAGGCAAGUAGCAAUAUACCGACUACUACAAACAUAGAACCCGCUCGAAAUGAAUCACGAAAGGCAAGGACAGCUCGAUCACAAGAAAGAAAGGAUUGCCAACAGUUCAUUCAAUCCCAACAAGAUCCAUAUCUCGAACGCUUGCUCCUGCCGGUGGAGCAUUACUGGUACCAAAAACGAAACCCCAGUAUGGCCUAUCAGAUGGCAUACAUGGCACAUCUAUCGUACUGGGAAUUUCACAAGCACCCAAUCUUGCCAGAAUCAUGUCAAUCCCUGCAAAUCCAGCGGUCAGUGCCACGGUGGCAAGUCAACGAUGGCAUUCGGUAUCAUCUUUGUCACUUCAGCAACUUGGCAGCGGAUACUAUUGCUCAGAGUAAUGUAGCUCUGGUCAAUUUGAAUGAAACAGAGUCCAACAAUACUUGGGACGUUUGCCGGCGUGACCCCACCACUCGAGGCACCAAGCGAAAGUAUAGUUUGCAUUAUUACUUUUACAACUGGCACGAGCUGGGGGUAGCUGGUAUCAAGUUCCAUGACACCGAUUUACUAGUAUUAACUUCCGAUGAUCACAAGGAACUCGUCAUUGCAUUUGCUGGUACAGCUUCCCCUGCGGACACUGUGACUAAUCUUCAAACCUUUGAACCAGCGAAUCAUUCCUCCUUUUUCACAGGAACCAACAAGAAUAAACCGCCAAUCCAGGGUUCUUUGCAUCGUGGUUUUCUGAAUGCAUAUUCAAAGGUCGACCGCGGGUCGGUACUUCGUCUUUCCAAUCGAACCAUGGGGAAACCGAUGGAAAAGAGCAUGCGGUUGGCACUCCGAAAUUGCAAACGACCGGCUCCAAGAAAACGAAAGAAACCAAGAAAAGGAAAAGAUGACUCUCAAUCGGAUAGCGAGCGAGAAGCAACCUGUGUUGUUGAGGGAGUAAAGUUGGUGGACAUUCUUCGUCGCAUUGUGAUCGCUGCCUUAAAGCGUGGGACUACCAUUCAUGUCACUGGGCAUAGUCUCGGAGGUGGGCUUGGGACACUCUUUGCUGGUGACAUUCUAAUUAACUUUCCCCAGGUACCUGUUCGAAAGCUGCAUCUAUGGACCUUUGGAGCGCCGCAAGUGGCCGACAGUAUCUUUUUGGAGUCUGCCAUUCGAGCUGCUCCCCGUCUUAAGAAAUUCUUGCUCAACCGCGGUCAUGGCCGGUAUCAUCGGUUUGUAACACUUUCGGACACUUGCAAGGCAGAUUUGAUAUCGGAAGUCGCCAAGACCACAUUGGCAACGCACAAGACCAAUCUUCACGGACGGUCAGCUCGAAAAUGGGGCGGAGUCCAUGGUCACGUUUCGCAUUUUGCGGAACCACAUUAUUUGCUGACCCCAAUUCAAUUGGAAGCAACAAACAAUGCCUCCGAACUCAAGACUGGCACACAUUCAACAGUCGCAGCCCACAACUUGAAGAACUACCUCCAAGGGAUUUCCCGCGAGUCCUUUGGUCAUCCUUUGUCAGUCACCAUGCCAUCAACGUUGGAAGAAUGUUUUGUUGGUAAUACAUGA